AUGGGCGGCCCCGCAUUAAAUCCAGAGUCGCCGUUGACGGUCGGUGCUAUGGGAAGUAGGGGCACUGGCUUAGCUUGGCUCUCUAAUUCCGGUAUUGUCAAGCUGAACUUGAUGCUGGUUUUGUUCCAGGUCUCGAGUUAUGCGACGGGGUAUGACGGGUCUAUGAUGAACGGGCUGCAGUCGUUGACUACAUGGAAGAAUUCUUUUAAUAACCCUGGAGCUUCAGAGCUUGGUCUCCUCAAUGCGAUCCAAAAUGUCGGACAACUGAUCACAAUGCCCGUCUGCGCAAUCAGCUGUGACAAGUUCGGCCGUCGCCCAGUCCUUUUUGUCGGCGCCUUCAUUCUCCUGAUUGGCGUGGCCCUUCAAGCUGCAGCACAGAAUGUCGGCAUGUUCAUCGCUGCUCGAGGAAUAAUCGGCAUGGGACUCGUCCUCAAUAUCACAGCCGCGCCCCUACUUCUGUUAGAGCUGGCUUUCCCCAGACAGCAAGGUCCGCAGGUAGCUAUCUACAAUAGUUUGUGGAAUCUAGGUGCCUUAGUUGCCGCCUGGAUUACCUAUGGCACCUUUCGCAUCGAGAACACUUGGGCGUGGCGGAUCCCCUCGCUUCUUCAAGGCCUUUCCAGUGUGAUUCAACUGGGUCUCUGCUUUUUGAUUGAGGAAUCACCGCGAUGGUUACUCAGUAAAGAGCGUGACGAAGAAGCAAGAAAACUCAUUUGCAAAUACCAUGCCAAUGGCGACGAUUCGGACCCACUGGUCACGAUGGAGAUGGAAGAGAUUCGUACGGCUCUUCAACUCGAGAUGGAAGCGAGGCGUAAUACCUCUUACCUUACCUUCUUUGAGAAUAAGGGCAACCUCAGACGCUUUUUUAUCAUCAUUUCAGUGGGAUUCUUCUCGCAAUGGAGUGGUAAUGGUCUGAUAUCAUAUUAUUUAACGUUGAUUCUUGACUCUAUCGGUUAUACGGCGGAAAGCGCCCAGACUCUGAUUAAUGCUCUACUUACUCUGUGGGGUAUGAUCUGGAGUCUUUUAUUUGCUUUCGUUAUGAACCACUUCGGGCGACGCACGCUCUUCCUCAUUUCGACCGCUGGUUGUCUGGUUGUCUAUAUCGUCUGGACAGCCCUCGAGGCCACUUACGAAAUGAGAACAGCACUAGAUGGAACGGGAAGUGACAGCUAUGCAAAGGGAGUGUUGGCUAUGAUCUUCCUUUACAGCUUCUUCUUCUCCAUAGGCUGGACUCCUCUUCAAGUCACAUAUUGCAUCGAGAUCUUGCCAUUCGACCUUCGAGCCCGUGGCCUCGUACUUUACAAUCUCUGCGUGGCAGUUGCUGGUAUCUUCAACCAAUAUGUCAACCCCACCGGGGUCACCAGCAGCAAGUGGAGAUACUACAUCACCUAUGACGUUUGGCUGGCAGUUGAGCUCGUGGUGGUUUACUUCCUCUUUGUGGAAACCGGGAAUCUCAGUCUUGAAGAGACUGCUGUUAUCCUGGAUGGCGAGGAAUAUGAAAACAGGCUCAUUGGCGCCACCGCAUCUGUGGCCGAGAAAAAGCUGGGUGCCAAAGGAAAUACCCGUGUCACCGUUGAGACCAAAGAAACCUCGGAAAAGUAA